AUGUCCGCGGAAAACAAUGAGCAAUCAGGAACCUUUCAAGACGUGACCCGUGACAUUGAGCGUACUCACCUGGCAAGGCACGCCGAUAUUGACCGUGUUCUCAAAAAAGUGGCUGAAGGGGUUGAGACAUUCGAAGGGAUCUUUGACAAAAUUCAGGCAACCACCAAUUCGAAUCAAAAGGAGAAAUUAGAACAAGACUUGAAAAAGGAAAUUAAGAAACUUCAAAGGCACCGAGAUCAGAUAAAAACAUGGAUAUCUUCAAAUGAUAUAAAGGACAAACGUGCAUUGAUGGAUAAUCGACAAAUAUUGUGA